GCCGCCGGGCGGUGGGCGCCCGAGGGGCCGGGAGGCGAGCCGGGGCCCCCAGGCAGGUGUGGGCACCGUGUCCACAGCCAGCGUCCCCGAGGCCGCGCUCGGGCCAUGAUGACUCGGUGAAGCUGCGCUGCGACAGCGCGGCCGACUUCUUCCCUGUGUCCAGUAGUGGUCUGGAGGGUUGUUUGUCAAGGUGUAAAGAACUCUACCACUCUUAAGACAGUAAACUUCACGGGGUGUAAUCUGACGUGGCAGGGAGCAGAUAGAUCACAUGGCCAAGAUCUUAAAGUAUCAGACUACCAGAAGGCAUGAAGAAACCUGGGCUGAGAGUCUUCGUUCCAGGAGACCUGAUCUUGACUGUAUGGCUGGUUUGAGGCGCAUCACUCUGAACUGCAACACGCUCAUUGGUGACCUGGGUGCAAGUGCUUUGGCAGAAUCUCUGAGUGAGGAUUUAUGGCUUAGAGCGUUGAAGACGUACAUGGAAAAUACUCAUCAGAAAAAAGUGAUUUUCAGUAAGCGGAAGAGCCUUCCAUGUAUUGCGCCACUUUUAACCACGGUGGAGGAGACUCCGCAGAUCAUCUCUGCUCGAGUCCGGGGACAUUUUCCUAAGUGGCUCAAUGGCUGUCUGCUUCGAAUUGGACCUGGGAAGUUCGAGUAUGGGAAGGAUAAGUACAAUCACUGGUUUGAUGGAAUGGCUUUACUUCACCAGUUCAAGGUGGAGAAGGGCACAGUGACAUACAGGAGCAAGUUUCUACAGAGUGAUACAUAUAAGGCCAACAGUGUUCAUGAUCGAAUUGUGAUCUCGGAAUUUGGCACAUUGGCUCUCCCUGAUCCAUGCAAGAAUGUUUUUGAACGUUUCAUGUCAAAAUUUGAACUGCCUGCAAUUACUGACAACACCAAUGUCAACUAUGUGCAGUACAAGGGUGAUUACUACAUUAGUACGGAAACCAACUUCAUGAAUAAAGUGGACAUUGAAACCCUGGAAAAAACAGAAAAGGUAGACUGGAGCAAAUUUAUUGCUGUGAAUGGAGCAACUGCACAUCCUCAUUAUGACAAAGAUGGAACAGCAUACAACAUGGGGAACUCCUAUGGGCAACAUGGCUCUUGCUAUAAUGUUAUUCGCGUUCCUCCGGAGAAAGUAGACCUUGGGGAGACAAUCCAUGGAGCCCAGGUGAUAUGUUCUAUUGCUUCUGCAGAGAGGAUGAAACCUUCUUACUACCACAGCUUUGGAAUGACAAGGAACUACAUUGUCUUCAUUGAACAGCCUCUAAAGAUGAAUCUGUGGAAAAUCAUCACUUCUAAAAUUCGGGGAAAGGCCUUUUCAGAUGGAAUAAGCUGGGAACCCCAGUAUAAUACACGGUUUCAUGUGGUGGAUAAGCACACUGGUCAGCUUCUUCCAGGGAUGUACUACAGUAAACCUUUUGUUACUUUUCACCAAAUCAAUGCCUUUGAGGACCAGGGCUGUGUCGUAAUUGAUUUGUGCUGUCAGGAUGAUGGAAGAAGCCUAGAAGUUUACCAACUACAGAAUCUUAGGAAAACUGGGAAAGAGCUUGAUCAGGUCUAUAAUUCAGUAGCCAGAUCUUUUCCUCGAAGGUUUGUUUUGCCCUUACGUGUCAGUUUGAAUGCCCCUGAGGGAGAGAACCUCAGCCCAUUGUCCUAUUCUUCAGCCAGUGCUGUGAAACAGGCUGAUGGAAAGAUUUGGUGUUCUUAUGAAAAUCUAUAUCCUGAGGACCUAGAAGAGGAAGGAGGUGUUGAAUUUCCCCAGAUCAACUAUGGCCAAUUCAGUGGCAAAAAGUAUCAGUUCUUCUAUGGCUGUGGCUUUCGGCAUUUGGUGGGCGAUUCUCUGAUCAAGGUUGACGUGGUGAACAAGACACUGACGGUUUGGAGAGAAGAUGGCUUUUAUCCCUCAGAACCUGUUUUUGUUCCAGUACCAGGAACCAAUGAAGAAGACGGUGGGGUUAUUCUUUCUGUGGUGAUCACUCCCAACCAGAAUGAAAGAAACUUCCUCCUAGUCUUGGAUGCCAAGAACUUUGAAGAACUGGGCCGAGCAGAGGUGCCUGUGCAAAUGCCUUACGGGUUCCAUGGCACCUUCGUGACCAUCUGAUGGAACAUCCACAAGCCUGCCUGUUGCUACUGGUCCUAAGGUACUCACAGAGGAUGUCAUGCUUGGAGGCUCCUAAACUGGCUAUUUCUCUGCUGUCCAGAGCAGAUGCCACUGCAGUUGAACCACCCAGUACCACUUCCUACCCUGCCCCCAGCUCAGCCUUGGGAGGCUGUUGUUUUGAGGAAUGUUGUUAAAAUCAGGCAUUUUUUCCCUAAUCUCCAGGUGUCUAGUUCUUCAGAGAACGAUGAAAAGUUGGUAGUUCUUACCAUAUGACCCAGCAAUCCCACUACUGGGCAUAUCCCCUGAGAAAACCAUAAUUCAAAAAGAGUCAUGUACCAAAAUGUUCAUUGCAGCUCUAUUUACAAUAGCCAGGACAUGGA